GCCGCUGUAUAUUAGGCGGCAGCAGCCGCGGCCUGAGACUGCUCGCCGACAAGGGCAAGCGUUCGUGUGGACACCUCGGCCCGAGUGCCCGCCGCCUCGCAGAGUGCCCCGCGCAGGAGCCAGCACACUCCCUGGACAUGGAGACCGUUGUGCGCCGCUGCCCGUUCUUAUCUCGAGUGCCCCAGGCCUUUCUGCAGAAGGCAGGCAAAUCCCUGUUGUUCUAUGCGCAAAACUGCCCCAAGAUGAUGGAGGCUGGGGCCAAGCCAGCCCCUCGGGCCCUGUCCACUUCUGCGGGGCACUGCCAGCAGAUCAAAGAAACCCCUCCGGCCAGUGAGAAAGACAAAACUGCCCAAGCUGAGGUCCAGCAGGCUCCAGCCAGCUCCCAGCGGCCUGCAGAUGGCACACAGCUUCCGUCUGGACACCCCUCCCCAGCCUCGAGCCAGGGCGCUGGGAGCAAGUGCCCUUUCCUGGCAGCACAGAUGAGCCAGGGGGGCAGCAGUGUCGUCCGCAAAGCCAGCCUGGAGCUCCAGGAGGACGUGCAGGAAAUGCAUGCCGUGAGGAAAGAGGUUGCCCAAGGCUCAGUGAACACGAGUGUGAUUAGCGUGAAGACUGAUGGAGAGGACCCCAGUGGACUGCUGAAGAACUUCCAGGAUAUUAUGCGAAAGCAAAGACCCGAAAAAGUGUCUCACCUUCUUCAAGAUAACUUGCCAAAAUCUGUUUCCACUUUUCAGUAUGAUCGUUUCUUUGAGAAGAAAAUUGAUGAGAAAAAGAAUGACCACACCUACCGAGUUUUUAAAACCGUGAACCGGAGGGCACACAUCUUCCCCAUGGCAGAUGACUAUUCGGACUCUCUCAUCACCAAAAAGCAGGUGUCGGUCUGGUGCAGUAACGACUACCUAGGCAUGAGUCGCCACCCGCGGGUGUGUGCGGCAGUUAUGGACACUUUAAAACAACAUGGUGCUGGGGCAGGUGGCACGAGGAAUAUUUCUGGAACUAGUAAAUUCCACGUUGAUCUCGAGCGGGAGCUGGCUGAUCUGCAUGGGAAAGAUGCGGCCCUCUUGUUUUCCUCGUGUUUUGUGGCCAACGACUCAACCCUGUUCACCCUGGCUAAGAUGAUGCCAGGCUGUGAGAUCUACUCCGAUUCUGGGAACCAUGCCUCCAUGAUCCAGGGCAUCCGCAACAGCCGAGUGCCAAAGUACAUCUUCCGCCACAACGACGCCGGCCACCUCAGGGAGCUGCUGCGGCGGGCCGACCCCGCGCUGCCCAAGAUCGUGGCGUUUGAAACCGUGCACUCGAUGGACGGAGCAGUGUGCCCCCUGGAAGAACUGUGUGAUGUGGCCCAUGAGUUUGGAGCAAUCACCUUCGUGGAUGAGGUCCACGCAGUGGGGCUGUAUGGGGCUCGAGGUGGAGGAAUUGGUGAUCGGGACGGAGUCAUGCCAAAAAUGGACAUCAUUUCUGGAACUCUUGGCAAAGCCUUCGGCUGUGUAGGAGGGUACAUCGCCAGCACAAGCUCACUGAUCGAUACCGUGAGGUCCUACGCAGCUGGUUUCAUCUUCACUACGUCCCUGCCACCCAUGCUGCUGGCUGGAGCCCUGGAGUCUGUGCGGAUCUUGAAGAGCGCCGAGGGGCGGGCACUGCGCCGCCAGCACCAGCGCAACGUCAAGCUCAUGAGGCAGAUGCUGAUGGAUGCUGGCCUCCCGGUGGUGCACUGCCCGAGCCACAUCAUCCCUGUGCGGGUCGCAGAUGCCGCCAAAAACACAGCAGUCUGUGACGAGCUGAUGAGCCGGCACAACAUCUAUGUCCAAGCCAUCAACUACCCCACGGUGCCGCGGGGGGAGGAGCUCCUGCGCAUCGCACCCACCCCUCACCACACGCCACAGAUGAUGAGCUACUUCCUCGAGAAUCUGCUGGCCACGUGGAAGCAGGUGGGGCUGGACCUGAAGCCGCAUUCCUCUGCAGAGUGUAACUUCUGCAGGAGGCCACUGCAUUUCGAAGUGAUGAGCGAGAGAGAGAAAUCCUACUUCUCAGGCAUGAGCAAGCUGGUGUCUGCUCAGGCCUGAGCGUGACCUCCAGUACCGCACCUGACCCCCAGCCAUCGUCCUACCAGCUAAUCACCACAGUUGUCUUUAUAAAUGAAGUGAAUUAAUUAAAGUUUAAUCUAGAAUACAAA